AUGCAUCUCCCCGACGUCGAACAGAAGAGGUCAAUCCUCGAUGACCGCAGGGCUGCGACCAAACCACCGGUGCCUCAGCCUCGCCGAGGCAAGUAUGGUAAUGACAUUCUUGGACCUACCAACCCCGAUCGUGCUCGCCAGGUGCCCGACAUGAUCCGGCCCCCAAAGACGGACGGGGGUAAACUGGCCAACAUGAAGUGGUCGUUCACCGACUCUCAUAUGCGCCUCGAGGAAGGUGGCUGGGCGAGAGAGACGACGGUCCGCGAGCUGCCCACCUCGGUAGAACUGGCUGGCGUCAACAUGCGGCUGGGGCCUGGCGUCUACCGUGAACUGCACUGGCACAACGAGAGCGAGUGGGCAUACAUUAUCGAAGGCGAAUGUCGCAUUACCGUGCUCGACACCAACGGAGGGUCGUUCAUCGACGACCUGAAGAAGGGAGACCUGUGGUACUUCCCCACAGGCUUCCCGCACGGCAUCCAAGGUCUUGGCGACCGGGGUGUAGAGUUCCUGCUCAUAUUCGACGAUGGCAACUUUUCUGAAGACUCGACGUUCCUCUUGACCGACUAUUUAGCCCACACACCCGUGGACAUUCUCGCCAAGAACUUUAGAGUCUCUGAAGACGUGUUCUCGACCUUGUCCAAGAGGGAAAAGUACAUUUUCCAGGGCUCAGACCCUGGUACGCUGUCGGAUGCUCGCAAGGAGGUCAUUCCCUCAAAGCUUCAGUUCACACACCGGAUGCUCGAGCAAAAGCCGGCCAAGUUCCCCGGCGGUGAAGUGCGCAUCACGGAUUCCACCAACUUUACCAUCUCCAAGACCACUGCUGCCGCCCACGUCGUAGUGUAUGAAGGUGCCCUUCGUGAGAUGCACUGGCACCCGAACGCCGACGAGUGGACCUUCUUCCUCCAAGGGCAUGCCCGCGUGACAGUGUUCGCGUCCAACGGAGUGGCCAGGACGUUCAACUACAUGGCCGGCGACGUGGCUGUGAUUCCCAAGAACAAUGCCCACUAUGUGGAGAACAUUGGCGAGGGCGACCUCGAGUUUCUCGAAAUGUUCAGAGCGGCGCGGUUCGAGGACUUUUCGACCGAGCAGUGGCUUGCCCAGACGCCUGCUCUGGAAGUUGCCGAGCAUCUCAACCUCGGCGGCGCGCGGUACGAAGAGUUCUUCAACAGCCUCAGCAAGAGAAAGGUGCCCGUCAAGGCGUCUCGUCGUAGCUCGUUCUAG